UAUGACAAUCAGCUCUGCUUCAAGCAAGUUAAGCAGGAAGGAUGCAUGCACUUUGUAAAGGAAGAGCUGCUAUAAAAGAGAGUAUGGUACCUGAGAAACAAAACGAGAUUAAAUCAUUCCUUUCUUUAUCCCAGAUGGUAUUGACAACAGGCCACUUUGGACAAUAUGCAAUGCAAAAGCAUUCAAAAAUUUCUUAUGUUGAAGUGGAAAUUCUUGACGCUCAAACAAAGAAGCAGAUUUGCAUCCUGGAAAAAAUUCUCCCUUCAUUUACAAUUGCAGAUGUCAAGCACAAGUUCCACAAAAUUUGUCCCCAGUGGCACCCUUCACGUGUUGGUCUUCAACUGGAAUGCACUGGUCCUCUCCUGAAUGAUACCAAAGUUGUUAAGAACCUUGCAGCAUCCUCCAUUGUUACAUUAUACUUCAGAGAUCUGGGGACCCAGAUAAGUUGGAUUACGGUGUUUCUAACAGAAUAUACUGGGCGUCUCUUGAUCUAUUUGCUGUUCUAUUUUCGCAUACUAAAUCUGUAUGAAACAGAAGAGAUAAACCAUUCCAGACGUCACCCAGUAGUGCACUUAGCUUGCAUCUGCCACUCCCUUCACUACAUCAAGCAAAUCCUUGAAACUCUCUUUGUGCACAGCUUUACAAAUGGAAACACAGCUCUGAAGAAGAUGCUGAAGGGAUGUGCCUUUUAUUGGGGAUUCACCAUGUGGAUGGCUUAUUAUAUCAAUCAUCCUUUAUAUACACCACCCAGCUUUGGCAAUAGACAAAUCAUUCCAGCCAUGGUCUGUUUUCUGGUCUGUGGAGCUGGAAAUUAUUUUACAAAUGUUGCCUUAGUUCAGGUGCAUAAAACAGGCACAAGGUCUCAUUUUGUAAGGCCCACAUAUAAUCCCUUCACGUGGCUUUUCAAACUGGUCUCCUGCCCCAACUACACAUAUGAGAUGGGAACCUGGAUUAGCUUCACCAUUAUGACCCAAACCCUUCCAGUUGCUGUCUUUGCCCUCAUGGUGUCUCUGCAGCUGAUUUUCUGGGCUCAAAGGAAGCAUUGCAAAUACCAGAAAGAUUUUAAAAAUUAUCCCAGCUGUAGAACAGCAAUGAUUCCAUUGAUACUGUAAGCUCCCAAAGUCAGUUGUCUUAAGCUGGACUUUACACAAUAGUUAAAAUAGAUGACUGUGAAAGAAUAGCCGAUGUUACAUCUCUCCUGAUUGACUUCAAUGAAAUAUAAAACUGGGGAAGAAUUCAAGAGAGGGGCUACCACAGACCGCAGGAAACAGGAACAGUUUAAAUUGUAGAAAUGGAGCAACUUCAUGAAACUCAUGAAGAAGUUUUUUUUAAAGCAAGUUAGUGAUAGAGCAGAAGAAAUAAUCCAGGAAAUUAUAGAUUCACUGCUCACAGAUAGCUCUUCCUCACCGUACACUGCUGGUUAGAAUAGAAUAGAACAUUUAUUGACAGGUGUACUUUACAUGAAAAAUACAGUGGAAAUUUUAAUUAGUCACCACACCACAGAAGUCAUACAUUAAAGAGAAAGUAAAAUAAAGACAAAGGUAAUCACAGUUCAGGUAACGGCCCCGGGGCUCGGCGAAUGCCAAUCAAGGAACGAUGGACCGACAUUCUGGGAUGAGACUACCACUCUGGGCUGCUGGAAUACUGAGACAGAAGUCUCCAAAGAAGACUAGACUGCACACUGGAUCGCUGGAAGCCACCUCGCUGCUGGGUCAGGAGAAGCCUCCUGUUCCCCAUCUGGCACUCCUCCAGAUGCUUUAUACAAUGACACAGACUUUAUGUGGAGAAUAAUGUUAUCGACGCUCAUCAAUUUAUACAGAGAAAAUUGACAGCAAAUGUCAGCCUGUACACAAGCCACAUGAGAUAUUGUACUCCUCCCCAGGAUGCUCUGCAACAAUCCUCAUCAAUAAAUGCAGAAAUAAUUACAACAGA